UAAAUUGCUAUUAAUAAACCAUCAUUCUAAUUGUUUAUUCCUUUGCUACUUUGCUCUUUACAGUGCACAUUACGUACUCAUACGUCUUAUAAAUAAUAAGUUCGAACCACCGUCAUUUCUACAUAUAACAUGUCGGACUCCGAGUUUGAAACUAUUGUACCCCUAAAUAACAAGACUGGAGGUGCGAAAGCGAAAAAACCGGUGCAGAAAAGAAAGUCCGAUGCUGCUAAUAGGUCCGAUUCAGAACGAGAGUGGGAAGAAAUUGACGCGGGGACCAAGAAGGUGAAGAAGCCUCGCCAGGCGAAAUCUCCUAGGACUACUAGUGGAGCGUCUAAGAAAAAGACUGCCAGCAACCCCUUCGACGUCUUCGAGCUAUUUCCUGAUGACGAGGCAUUUGCGAAAAAUUGCCCUACACCAGACCAGCUACGCUCGUCUAUAACUCAACGCGUGGCUGAUGGAUUGACUCGGCGUGCUGCUGAUCUUGAGGGGGAGUUUUUCUUGGAGCUGCGAGUAUACAACACCGCCGAUAUACGCAUUUCAACAUGUGCGAACAUUGUGACCCCGAGGAUCCUUUUACCCAUGCUCAAGAGUGGAACACCCAGACAUUUGAAGACGCAUAUCCAGAACUUGCCAACAAGCAUGACGUGACCAUUACAGCACCAUCAAUAGAAACACCCAACAAAAAGAAAAUAAAAACUAAACAGCGUGCUCCAAAACGUAAAUUAAAAUCAUCCACUACUUUUGUGAAAUGUAGAAAAUCCGUUGCUGAGGGACCCCGUCUGAUACAAAUAAAAAUCAUCGGCUUACGUAACGGGCAGGAAAGCCAGGCAGAGAGUGAUGAUGAAGAAAAUAUGAUCUUUAGUGCUCAAUAUAUAGCCAGCGAACCAGUGGACAAUGUUGUGGAUUCGGCAUACAGUUUAAUAAAUCAAAUCUCUAAAUCAAUGUUACAAGAAAAUUUCUGAGUUUAUUGUUAAGGUUAAAAAUGUAUGUGUGCGUAAAAUAAAAAAAUAAAAAAUGGGUCUUUCAUUACAGACUUUUAUUUAUUAUCAUUAAAACAUAAUACAGUGCUUAUUUCUAAAAUAGUAAACAUCGUUAUAAAUCUUGUGCAGACACAAUAGUAUCAAAAUACCACUUUUUAAUACAUAUAACAUUUUUUAAAGCACAUUUUUUUUCAUGAUGCAGGCAGUUAUAUGCACUAGACUUAUUACAAUAUUUUUCAUGCAAAUGUAGAAAAUUAGGACAAUCUUGUUCACCUAAAUCUAUUACAGCACAAUUAGCACACAAAUCUUUAACCCACUUAAUUUUUUCCGCUCCUUUUACAUAAAUGUUCUUGUUAUUUAAAUGGUUCACAAUCAUUCUUUUAAAUUCUCUGUGAUCGACAAAUCCUUCCCUCCAUAAAAUCCCGUGGUUUUUUUCUAACCAUAUUACUCUUUUUCUUUCUUGCUGAGAUAAAUGAGAAAACGUGUAGGGUGGUUUUAUUAAAAAGACUUGCGUGUAUUCUUUAGUACUAAGUGCGAAUUCCUUUAUUAUAAAAUCGUUAUUUAAUGAUUUAAAUCCUUGAACAUCCACGAAUAAGCUUUUAGUGCUCAUGAUAUUUUCCUUGUUAUAUUGCUAAGAGGUCUAUACUCUAUAAUGCUAUCAUUCAAAAUAAGACAAUACGCAGAUGUUUGAUCG